GAAAACAUUUUGUGUGCAACAUGUCGUUUGAGUUACCAAAUACGAACCCUAGUAUUAAUAAUAAAUAUUUUUUGAGGCUCAGCGAGGCCCACCGGCUCUGAUAAAAACCCUAGCGUAUAAAUCAUCUCAUCUCACCCAUAAAACCUCCACAAACCUUUUCUUGCCGCAAACCCUUUUGCUGCUCAACAUGUCAAAACCGUUUUCCAUGUCAAAACUCAGGAAAAUCACAGCCAAAAAUGGUCUAGUGAAAAUCAGAUUCCUAAAACAAAUGCCUGAAGACGAAGCUGUGGUGCUAUUAAACAACAAGCACGCUCAGCUUCACAAGCCCCACGCUCAGCAGCUUCACAAGCCUCUGGAAAAGCCUCUGCAAUGGCUAAACAAGGAGUUUAUCUAUUUGAACGGACCAUGAAUACCAUUUCCGGUAUUCAAAUUGCUGCAAAGAUUCUGGGCCAGAAGCAUGAUGAUAUGCAGGAGAAUGUGGUGGAAAUCUUGAAAAUAGUUCGAUCUAUUAUUUCUUGGCUGCAUUUUUGUAUUUAUUUCUUGAUUAACUAUAUUUAUCAUAUUCAACUAGUUUUGUCUAUUAUGGCUCUUCAUUUUUGUAUUUAUUUCUUGGUUAACUAUAUUUAUCAUAUUCAACUAGUUUGGUCUAUUAUGGCUUUUCAUUUGAGAGAGCUAUAGAGAUAUUUAGCCAGUACUCUUUGGGAUAAACAAGUAAGCCUUCACAGCUAUUUGUUUCUCAUAAAUUUAUUUCAUAACUUUUUUUAUUCUCUCUCUCCCUGGAAGAACUUCACCAAUGCAUUUGGGAAGCAUUUCAGACGUCCUUCACAUAGCACAUUUUUAAGGUGAGAAAACGAUGGGUAGUAUGGUAUUUUAAUAAAACGAGGCUUGUUGCCGGACUAUUUUCAAGAUUUCCACCACAUUCUCCUGCAUAUCAUCAUGCUUCUGGCCCAGAAUCUUUGCAGCAGUUUGAAUACCAG